GCUUGCUGAGCCGAAAGCCGAGGCGAGAGCUCGUCUGGAAGCCACGGCGGGGGCUCCCGGGACUGGGCGGCAGCAGGAGGAAGCGCUCGGGGGGCCUGGGGGAGGGGAGGGGGCAGAAGAUGGCCAAGAAGAGAAAGCCGCCCAGCAUCAAGGGCGGACUGUCAGACCCUUACUCAGAGGGCAAGAUCUAUGGUGAUGCAAGAACAUAUGAUCCGGAUUUUAAGGGUCCUGUUGCCAAGAGGAGUUGUACAGAUGUGCUCUGCUGCAUAGUCUUCAUACUGUUCAUUAUUGGCUACAUUAUUUUAGGACUUUUGGCCUGGGUCAAUGGUGACCCCAGGAGAGUGGCCUAUCCUACAGACAGCCAGGGCCAAUUUUGUGGCCAAAAGGGCACCUCUAAUGAGAACAAGACCAUUUUGUUUUACUUUAACCUGCUCAGCUGUGCCAGUCCCUCUGUGGUGGUGAACCUACAGUGCCCUACCACACAGAUCUGUGUUUCCAAGUGCCCAGAAAAGUUUUUAACCUACAUGGAAAUACAAUUCACAUACAGAAGAGACAGAAACUACUGGGCGUACUACAGCCAGUUCUGCAAGUCCGCUGUUCUUAAGCCUGCGAAGACUCUCACACAAGUUUUACUGGAUAAUGAUUGUCCGACGGCGAUUUUUCCAAGCAGACCUUUUCUCCAGAGAUGCUUCCCUGACUUCUCUACUCAAAAUGGCACUUUAACAGUAGGAAAUAAGACAGUAUUUGAAGACGGAAGUGGAAGGACAAGAAAUGCUGUCGAACUCAGGGCAGCUGCGAAUGGUGUCAAUAGAGUCCUUGAUGCGAGGGCAAUUGGAAUAAAAGUGUUUGAAGACUAUGCAACAACUUGGUAUUGGAUUCUCAUCGGCCUGACCAUCGCCAUGCUCCUCAGCUGGUUGUUCGUGAUACUCCUGAGGUUCACAGCUGGAUUCCUCUUCUGGGUCUUCACCCUCGGUGUGAUUGGGAUUAUAGCUUAUGGAAUAUGGCACUGUUACCAGGAAUACAGUGAUCUUCAGGGACAGCCAAAUGCUCACUUAACUCUAUACAACAUCGGGAUUCAGACUGAUAUAAGCAUGUACUUCCAACUGAGACAAACAUGGUUCGCAUUUAUGAUAAUACUCUGCAUCCUUGAAGUGUUCGUCCUCCUCAUGCUGAUCUUCCUCAGGAACCGAAUUCGCAUCUCCAUCGCCCUCCUGAAGGAGGGGAGCAAAGCCAUUGGAUAUAUCCCUACUACAUUAAUUUAUCCAGUUUUAACUUUCAUCUUCCUCUCAAUCUGCAUUUCCUACUGGGCUGUGAUAGCAAUUUACUUGGCUACAUCAGGGGUACCUAUAUACAAAGUCAUAACUCCAGAGGGGCAAUGUAAACAUGAAAAUAAAACCUGUGACCCAAAGAUUUUUAAUACAACUGAAGUUGCCAAAGCUUGCCCUGGGGCUCAGUGUAACUUUGCUUUCUAUGGUGGAAAAAGCUUGUACCAUCAGUACAUUACUACCUUCCAGAUAUUCAACCUAUUCGUCUUUCUCUGGCUUAUAAACUUUGUCAUUGCAUUGGGUCAGUGUGCCCUAGCUGGUGCCUUUGCUUCCUAUUACUGGGCCUUGAAGAAACCUGAUGACAUCCCACCAUACCCACUUUUUAAUGCAUUUGGACGAGCCAUACGAUAUCACACAGGAUCCCUAGCAUUUGGAUCUUUAAUUCUUGCAACAGUUCAAAUGUUUAGAUUAAUCCUAGAGUACUUGGACAAACGUCUUAAACAGGCCCAGAGCAACAUCUCUAAAUUCCUAAAAUGCUGCCUGAGAUGCUGUUUCUGGUGUUUGGAAAAAGCAGUACGGUUUUUGAACAGAAAUGCCUAUGUUAUGAUCGCAAUAUAUGGCAAAAACUUCUGCAGGUCAGCAAGAGACGCUUUCAAUCUGCUGAUGAGAAACAUUUUAAAAGUUGCAGUUAUGGAUAGAGUUACUGACUUUGUACUCAUCCUGGGGAAGAUUCUAGUUGCUGGGUGCAUAGGUGUCCUGGCCUUUCUACUCUUCACACAAAGACUCCCAAUGAUUAUAGAAGGACCAACAUCUUUAAAUUACUACUGGGUACCCUUGCUGACAGUCAUCAUUGGAUCUUACCUAAUUGCACAUGGGUUCUUCAGCGUCUAUGCAAUGUGUAUUGAAACAAUCUUCAUCUGCUUCUUGGAAGAUUUAGAAAGAAACGAUGGUUCUACUGAAAGACCCUAUUACAUGAGUCAGUCUCUGCUGAAGAUUUUGAAAGAGCAAAAUGCACAAACUGAGAAGCAGUAGAAGUGCAAACGCUGGUCAUCGUGCAGCGGUGUUACCUCUCCUUCAUCUGCUGUGUCUGUGCUCCUCUGGUUUCAUAAGUGCUUUGUGUAUGGAACACUGGAUUCAUGACCUUGUUGGCUUUUUGUGCAUGUUUUAUACCAAAGCUUAUACUGUAAUAUGUGAAGCCAUCAGAAGUCGCAAGGGAAUUGUUAAUAACAUGGAACAUUUUUUAUACCGAGAUCUUUUGGUUUGUAAUUCAUUUUUAAAUAGAGUGGCUUGGAUGUUUUAAAAAUGCUAGUGGAUAUGUGAAUAUUGUUUUAAGUCUUAGAUUGAAAAAUGAUACAUUGUUUGGAUAGCUCCUAAUAUAUUUUUAAAACUACAACUAAAUGACUUCUGCAGGGAAAAUUGGUAAACAAAGUGAAAUAGAAGAUUUUAAAGUUUUCCCCACUCCUGUUUGACAGUAAAUCAGUAAGAGGAGCGCCCCACUCCAGAUUUUGCUCUAAGGAUAGACUGUUUCCUAUUAAACAAAUUGUCAAUCAUCCAGCCUUUACUACUUCGUCCUCUCUGACAAAGUGCCUUACUGGCUGUUUAAUAUUACCCAGCUUUUGUGGGCAAGUUUACAAACAUUCUUAAAAAAAAAAAAAA